AUGUCGACACCACCACCACCCUCCUCAACACCACUUCCGUCCUCCUCCUCCGCCCCCCAGCCCGAGACCCAACCACAACAACAGCAACAAUCACAACCGCAACCAACCGCCCGCCCGCUCCCGCGCUUCCUCGAGAACGACCCCGCCCGCACAGGCUACGAUCCCUCGCUCAAAUGGUGGAUGAACUACUUCAAGAUACUAGCCGGCCAAAUCACACCAGAGGGAAUCGAGCACUACCGCGAGGACCGGUACAAGGCUAACGAGGCGCGGGACUGCGCGCGGUGCGAGCGCGAUCGCGACUACCUCUUCCAAUACUCGCCCGUGAUCCGGUUCCUGCGGGACAAGGUCACGGCGCUCAACGGCACGCUCGAUGCGUCCAACGUCGUGUGCCGGCGGUGUCCGGCGCGGGUGGCGGAGGAUGGGAGGGUGGUCAGGCAGGGCGGGGGCUUUAGCCCCGAUCACGGGAUCCUGAUCUGCGCGAACGAGAUGAGGAGCAGGAGUCAUCUGGAGGAUACGCUCGCGCAUGAGAUGGUGCAUGCGUGGGAUCAUUUGCGGUGGAAGGUGGAUUGGAUGGGGGGCCAUGACUUGAAGCAUGCUGCUUGCACCGAGAUCCGGGCGUCGAUGCUCAGCGGAGAGUGCCGGUGGACCAGGGAGUCCAUCACAAGAGGCAACUGGACGCUGACUCAGCAGUUCCAGAAUUGCGUGCGGAUGCGCGCAAUCCAGUCGGUCAUGGCGCGCGCGACGUGUAGGGGCGACGUACACGCCACCAAGGUGGUCAAUGAGGUGUGGGACUCGUGCUUCGCCGACAAGAGGCCAUUUGAGGAGGUAUAUCGCUGA